AUGGUCGCGGCGGCGCUGAAUAACAACAACAACAACAACACUUCCUCCGAGGAGCAGCAGGAAAACGCGGGGACUAUUUCUCGUAAUCAUCAUUCUCACGAAGAAAAAGCUUCAUCAUUAUCGUUGUUCGAAUUGGAGAAGGCCGACGGGAUGACGAUGACGGUGAAAAUGUCGAAGAAUCCAUCUCUCGAUGCUCGAAAGGAACAACAACAUGAACAACAAGAACAAAAACAAUUGCUAUUAAAAAACACCGCGGCGGGACCACACGUUCUCUCUUCAUCGGAGACUCCAACGAGUAUCGGCGACGAGACUUUAUUCUCGCAACAACAGAGGUUAAAGAGGAAAGCUGGGGAACUGCCCAUCAAGACGAAAUUCGUGAGCGCGUCGACGCUUCGAGCAGAAGGCGACGGAUCCGAGGCGAAGACGACAGCAACAACAACAACAACAACAAUAGUAACACCUACUAUUGUUGCCGCAGAAUUCGACGAGAAUGGUGUUCGCAAAUCGAAAAGGUCCGUCAAGCCAAAGAUUUUGUUCGACGAUACCGAAGACUACGAACGCAUCAACACGUACGAACGACCGGGAUCGUCGAAUAAGAAAAACAAGAGAGGAAAUAGCAAAGGAAACAGUAAUAAUAAUAACAAAGAAAACGGCAGCACUAAAAAACGAAAAAUGGAAUCAGCCGCGGCGGAUAAAUCGAACGCAGGCGCCGCCGCCGCCGUGGUCAAAAUAGACUUUGAAGAGUUGAGGGCGAAGAGAGCGUAUAUCGGCAAGAAAGUUGAAGUUUUUUGGAUCGGCGAACAAGUGUAUCAUCGAGGAACGAUCGUAAACUACGACCAAGUGGUGAAAAGACACUGCGUGAAGUACGACAUGGUGAAAAGAGAGAACGAAGGGGUGUUGGAUUAUAUCGACAUCGAGGCGGAUACGCUCGAAUGGUGCGACGCCGACGACGAAAAAGAUGAAAACAAAAAUAACACGACGAAAACAAAGAAAUCAAAGAGUAAAGUCACGUUACCGGCGCAAGGUAAAAUGUCUGAGAUUGUCGCGCAGAUGUCCGAGAGCUGGCCGAAAGUUGGUGCGCACGUUUGGGGACGCGUGAAAGGUCACGGAUGGUGGCCAGGCGUCUGUAAAGGCAAAGAAUCAUCCGCGACAAGAACGAUCGCGUUCUUCGACGAUUCCACGGCUAAAUGUUUGCGCGCUGAUCUCGUACCGUACAACACCUUUUUUGAUGUGUUGAAGAAAUCGAAGGCGUCUAAAUCAUACGAAAACGCGGUGAAACGAUCGAUGGAAUCUGCGGAAAAGAACUUCACGGAAAGGUUGAAGAAACGCGUGGCGAGAAAGCAAGAAGAGUUUGCGGAGAUUCGAAAGAAAUACGCCGCUUUGACAAAGAAGCGACAAGAACAGCAGACAACAACAACAACAACAAAACCAACAGCAGCAAAGAAUAAAUCAACGCACAACACCAAGAGCAAAAAAGGAAAAACGAAGCAUAACAUUAACGCGAACAACAAAGUUAUCAAGAACGACGCGGAUUUAUUGGCAAACGUUGAUAUGAAUGGAAACUCCUCCGCCGCGAGACUCGCUCGUUUGGGUAAGCAUUUCGACGCGCUGAAAGAUCGCGUCGCGCCAUUGGCGAUAGCCGCUUCGCAGCACUUGCGCGUGCAGCUGCAACUUCAAGAACACACCGGAGGCGAGAACAGAAUGGCUCAAAUGACUGAACGCGAACGGGUCAUUCUCUUGGAAGAGCUCGAAUCGUUGAAGUCUUUCUUGGUUACUACUGGAAGACAUUUGGAAGUAAUUAACGCAGAGAACCCGGAAGAUGUUGCCAUGUUUGGCUACGACGACGACUUUGACAACCAGAUCGCAAACGCGACGUUCAUGACUGUUGGUGGCGACGACGUCGUCGGUAAAACCGGAGAAGAGGAAAAUUUGGACGAUCCCGACGAGGUUGAAGACGGCGUCGACGACGACGACGACGUCAUCGUCGACGACGAUAUGAUUACCGAUUUGGGGUUAAGUGGCGAUGAUAUCGUAGAUAAGGAUGAUAAUGGCGACGACGAGAAGACGGUUAAGCCAGAAGAGGCAACGAACAUUGCAGACGCGCUUGACCCGACGCCUCUCGACGCGCUUCUCUUUCAAGAAGAAGAAGAAGAAGAAGAAGAAGCAAGAGGAGAGCAGCCGAAAACGCCUCACUACCCGACCCGAGAUGAGGAAGAAAAUGAAUUGAAGCACACGUCCAGCGACGACCGAACGGAGAGAAACGACAGCGACGACAACGACGCGUCUUUGCCGUUGAAUGAAAAUUCCAAAUCCAUCGGCGGCGACGCCAAAGACUGCCAAGAAGAAGAAGUUCGCAACACCGCUUCCAAAGUCGCAAUCUAA